AUGUCGACCAACUCAGCAGAUGUACCGAAACGGAGACCUGUGCCCAAACAGCCUGCCGUCAAACGGAAGACUGGCGUUUCCAGGACCCUGCACCUCGCUUUCCUGGCCGUCACGGCAUUCGCUACCCUGAGCUUCAGAUGGCCCUACCGUUGGAUACUUUCUGGUGCGCCAGAACUCAUCUACGCCCUUCUCUUGGGUGAGGCCAAGGGCAACCGCGUAUUGCCAUUCGUUCCUCUCUGGACCAUCUUCGCCACAGUCAACUUCGUGUACGCAGUAUGCUCGACAUCGUGGCUUCUCUUCUGGGUCUUCUGGGCCGCUUGUUGGCCUACUUUCAUCAUCGUCUGUCUGUUCAUGUUCGACGCUCCUGCUGGACUUGCGAGACGUCUGUCACGGAAGACGUUUCUCCGAGACCUUCACUUCAUCGAUGACCAGGUUGCAUUCUUCGACCUCCCGGCUUUGGAGAUCGACACCGAAGUUAAGGGCUUGUUCGUCAUCCGUGGCGUUACACUAUCACUCUCUACUUUGACGCUGGUCGCGCAUGGCAUUGAGGCUGGCAUCAAGCUCUCGGAUGAGAUUGAGCUUGGCAUUCAGGUCGACAAGGUCACUGUGCCACUCUUCAGGCAGAUCCUUGUCGACGAUGUGUACGCCAACAUCAAGGGAGGUGAAUGGGAGGUCACUUUUGGAGAUGUUCCAUACGGCAAACCUGAUCCUGCGGACGAGGACAGCGACGAUAGCUUCAUUGCCGCCGACACGGCCAUCUUGAAAGCUGCUGCCGCAGCUCGGCCUGCGGAGAUGCUUAGGAGCAUGACAGCAGAUGCUCCACCUACCGAUUCAGAGGAUACCAAAUCCGCCUUUUCCUCGGUCAAGCAGCUGUCCCCAGACGAAGAGAAGGCGAAGGAGAAGUACCGACAGUACAUCAAGCACAUGCACGACACCAGCUCGAUCCAGAUUGCAAAGAAGCAGCUGAUCGAAAAGUCGCACAAAGACGAGAACAACUUGGAUCCCGAUAAGAUUGACGACCUCCGAGCAGCCAUUUGCGCGCAGAUCCACAGCGGUCCUUCGAUCCCACACCCGCCUUCGAGAUCAAUCAGGGUCUCGACACUACGCAAGACAUCGUAUCCGAACGUCAAGAGAUGGCUACAUCGGUUCCCGUUCCUGUACCGUCUCAUGUUGUUCCCCAUCUGCUACUUUCACACGGUAAAGUUCAAGUCGGUGUCAGCUGCAGGGUCCGGCAAGUGGUUCGUAGCGCUGAUGCGCAAGUACCUCUUCAAGCACUACUCGUCGCAAGACGGCGAGAUCCGCAGACUCGAAGCCCGCAUCUCCGACUUCUUCUCCGAAGCCAACUUCUGCGUGGAGCUCACCAAGGUGACGUCGGGCGCGUCGUUCCCGCUCAACACCAACUACGACAUCAAGUGCAACUUUGAGAUGUCGGACGUGAUGGCAUACCGCUCGCUCCCGGACGCGGUCGAUCUGAAGCGCGUCGUUGAGCUCGGCGGACUAGACGCCAGCCUCAACGUCCCCAUCUUCCUGUUCCCGCACCACGAACACAUCUUCCCCUCGCUCCCCACGGACCUGGAGAUUAUGGACCUUGAGACGCAAAUGUCAGAGGCAGGUAACACGGCCAAGGCGAUGCAGGCGCAGAAGACGGUCAAGCAGCUCAAGAAGGACGAGGCGAACAUGCACGUCAGCGCGCACGCUCACCUGCCUAUGAUUGUCAGCCAGGAGAUGCUGAACUUCAUCGCGGCGAUUGUCAAGGCGACCAAGGUGAUUGAGAGCGACAGAGGGUUCGAGGAGGCCAAGGUGCUGAGAGAGCUCAAGCGCGUCGGCGACAACGGGUCGGACACGGAGUCUGUCUCUUCGAUGAACAGCGUUGCGUCGGACGUCACGGUCAGCGAGGACAAGAGCUUCAAGGCCUUCCUGAGGAAGGUGGACUCUGGGUUCAAGGACGCAAGCCAGAAGACGGCGGCCGGGAUGCGCAAGGCGGGCGUCAGCACGGUGAGCGCAAUGGCCAACGAUCGCUGGAUUGCGAGCGUGGUGGGCAAGAUGACGAGGAAGCUGGAAAAGGCACAGGGAGAGGUGGGAUACUCGGGUGCCGUGCCCAUCUCUCUGGCCGAGUACCGCGUUAGGCACGAGGACGACGCGAAGAUUCUGCCGUAA